GGCUAUUUUCAGGAUGGUGGGGUUUGCUCUAAUACGUUCAGCCUUCACUAUACACUGAAUCAUCACAGUACCACAUCACCGCAUAGUACUGCAGCCUUCACUUGUUGGCGAGGUGCAUACCCAGCUUGGAUGUUCGCACGUUGUCAGUAUUGCCUCCGCUCUCGGGAUGCAAUCAACAGCUUCAUCCUUCGUCCUUCGCGCAGUCGCAGAUCCUCGCAAGGCGAAUAGCGAGGCAAGCGAAGUCGGCCAUGAGCGUGAAUACAAUAUAUAAGCACUUGUUGACCUUUUCUACUGGUUGACAUCUUCAAGCAAAAGCAGUGCCGUCUGCGAUACUUUCACAUUGACCUGACUUGUCGUCCUUGCCUUAACUCUCAACUUCCCUCCACAACAAGCAAGUAUGGCACUUCCAGGUGAAACAUACCGCCUCGCUUUUCCAUCUCUCCCAAACCUCGAGAACCCAGCCUAUGUCUCCUACGGCGUGCCCUUUGACAAAGCAUGCGCUCACCACGUCGAGAACACCUAUGGCGCCAAGCGCGCGUUUAUCAUAGCCUCUGGCUCCCUUCUUAAAAACACCGGCGAGGUCAACAAGCUCGAGCGCGCGCUCGGUGAACGGCAUGCGGGGACAUGGCCCGGUCUCGCACCUCACACCCCGUGGCAUGAGGUAGCUGAGGCGACCAAAGAUGCGCUGGCGAAGAACGCCGAUUGCCUGAUUACGAUAGGUGGUGGCAGUCUGGUUGAUGGUGCGAAGGCAAUGCUGCUCUUCAUAGCGAACAAUGUGACAUCUGUGGAUGGCAUCCGCGAGUUCGAGAAGAAGUGUCCAGCCAGACAUGAUCGUAUGGGUACGAAGGCUGCGGAUAUUCCGGUGACAUGUCCAACAGUGCCGCUGAUCUGUAUCCCAACAACCUUGUCUGGGGGGGAGUAUACGAACUAUGCCGGCGGAACAUACCCAGAUACUCAUCUCAAAUCCAUCAUGGGCCAUCCGUUCUGCGGGCCGAGACUCAUCAUUAACGAUCCCAAGCUCACCAUUACGGCGCCGGAGUGGGUUUGGCUGUCCACAGGUGUGCGGGCCAUAGACCACUGCACGGAGACGUACUGUCGGAUGCACCCUCCAGAUGCUGAGGUGGACGAGGCCAGCCUUGACGGGUUCAAGAAAAUUGUUCCGAAUCUGCUUGUGACGAAGAAGGAUUGGACGAACGAGGCAGCUCGUCUUAACACUAUGUUAGGCGUCAACAGCGUGUGCAUCAUGCUGAAGAAGAGCGUGAUGCCUGGAGCUAGCCACGGCAUCGGUCAUCAGCUCGGUCCACUGGGGGUUGGACAUGGCGAGACGAGCUGCAUACUUCUCCCGAGCGUGAUGAAGUAUAAUGCUAGCGUUAACGGCGACAAGCAGGCAAAGCUGAAGCAGGUUAUGUGGGAUGAGGCUCCCAUCGCCGAGGUGCUGAAGAAGCGUGGACUCAAGCCUGAGAGCAGCGAUGCUGGGGACGGCCUGGACGCUAUUUUUCGCGAGCUAGGAAUGCCGCGGAGUUUGAAGGAGAAGAGUAUCGGCAGGGACAAGUUCCAAGCGUUAGCGGUCAACAGCUUAGUCGACGCUUGCUGCAAGGCCAACCCUAUUCCGAUAACGAAAGAGGAGCAAGUCCUGGAGAUCUUAGACAUGUGCGCCGGAGACCGUUAGUCUUCAUCUAUCUUCGGCCCCAAUUCGCUCAAGACUACCAUGCCGGAGGGUUGGCGACUUCGGACCCACUCCGUCUCGAUGCGGAAGAAGAUCCAAAGAAAGCGGCGCACGACUUCUAGCAGCUCAAGCAGGAAAAUGCCAAGUUCGAUGUCAUAGUAAUGCUCGAGAUGGGGCGACAGUUU